CGGGCAGCUCGCGUGGACAGUUCGCCUCGCAUCGGUCGCUCGUUUGCUUUGCGCGACCAACUCAAUUUGAAAAUAAAAUUUUGGCCAAUAACAAAAUUGGUUUUUUCAAUUUGCCAAACCACAAACACACCGAGAAACCGCAAAGAAAUGCGACGCGACGCGCUGCCAACUAAUUCAAUUUUAAGCUAAAGAAUCACCUCGAAAAGUGCAACAUUUACCCCAUAAAUAAUAAGUUGCAGUCAAGUUACCGCUAAAUUCAACAAUCCAACUAUCAAAAAAACAAACAAGAAAAAACCUUCAACUAAGAAACAGAAACAGAACGGAAAAUGCUCAUGCACACCACAUCCAUUUCCACAACGUCGACGGCCACCAUGACCAACUCAUCGUCCUCGGCCACGCCCACUCCCGGGUCGACCUCCUCCAACAACAGUGCCACGCUCGAGACGCUCCACCAGCAACAGCAACAGCAGCAGCAGCAGCUGCAACAGCAACUGCAGCAGUUGCACACGAAUGCGGCCAACAAUUCGCGUCCCCCCUCGCGGGCGCCCUCCAUUCUGGACAGUCCGACCCUGGCGCGCGUGGAGCGGGCUCGUCUGCGGCUGGAGCAGCAGGAGCGGGAGCGGGAACGGGAGCGUAGCAGCCAGCGGGAGGGGGGCGGCAGCAUGGGCGGUGGCUGUGGCGGGGGCGGCGGCGGUGGGGGUGGCAGCAGCACUGGCACCGGCAGCACCGCAACAACCAUGAAUCGUGAGGAUAGCCUGGAGCGCAGCAUUUUGGAUCCCAAGAAAGAAACGGCGCCCUGGCAUCAGAUGUGGACGCACAUGAAACGCCUCUCGCACGCCUCCAAAGUCAAUUCUACGAGCAGCCUGACCGCCCAGAAAACCGAUGUGGGCGUGGGCCAUCAUCCGAACAUGACACCAAAUGCAACAACAGCAACGACGACCUCAACGCCCGGGAAAUGCAUUCUAUUCCCGGAUAAGACGUCAUCGCUGAAAAGCUCUAUGUAUACGCAACAGGUGUACUUCAGGCCCGAUAUGCAAUCCUUGCUGGCAGGACGCAUUCCGGUGGCCUCCAUGACAGGACCCAUUAAACGAGGACUGCUCUGGCAGCAAAGGGAUCGCCUCUUCUCGCGCUGGAAGGAACGAUACUUUGUGCUCACUCGUGACUACUUGCACUGCUUCAAGAGAGCCUCGGGAUCGGCCAACGAACGUGCCUCGGAUAUGGGACAGUUUAUCUUCAAGGUCAAGCUGGUGGAUGUGGAAAAGGUGGAGUGGCUGAAUCGACGAUCCUACAGCGCCAUUGGACUGCUACUGGGUCGCGAGGGUCGCGUUCUCCUACGCUGCGAUGAUGGCCUCGAGGACUGGUUCGAGCUGCUGGAGGAAUGCACCAUGACCUCCAAGGAGCGAAGACGAGCCCUGAAGAUCGCCCAAGGACCCAGAUCCCGAGCCUCGUUGGCUGCUCCCGUUUCGCACGCCUCGCUGCAGUUCCAGCACUUUGGACUGGGAGGCACUUACUCGAGUGCCCUGGACGAUUGGCUAAUGACCAAUGGAACGGGCGGCCUGGCGCGUCACAAGAUCGGAGCUGGCAGCCUGAACGGCUAUGCCGGUGCCAAUCCCUUCCUCUUCUCCGACUCGGUUCCGGAUCUGAGUGCCCUGAAUAACGAGAACCACAAUCACCACUUGAGCGGCAUCAGCACGAACCACUCGACGCCGCAGAAGAUCCCGCACCACAGCAAUGCGAAUCUCAGUCGCUAUUCGAAUGGCUAUGUCUCGGCCCAGAAUAGUUUCACCCAGGCGGGUGCGCUCUAUGGAUCGCCCAGGAGGAUCUUCAUCAACAGCAGCUUUGGCUCUAACCAGGUGGUAGAUGAGGAGACCGAGGAGGCGGAGGUGCAGCUUAGGAGACCUAGACUUUUCCGGGGAGUGAGCGCUACGCCAGAUAAUGGCAACGAACUGGACCGAGAUUGGCUGUAUCGGAAGCCCAGGGCGCCCACUGAUAUGAGGCACUCAGUCCAACCCAUGUUACCCACUGGCGGUGGCAGCAGCAUCGGCCUGGCCAAAAACGAACUGGACUGUUCGGCCCAUGAUAGUGGCCUAGACACGCCCCCUUCGACGCACCGCCCCUCGAGUUAUCGGGAGGCGAGCAGGGACAGCACCGAAACAAAUGGUAGUUCCUCGCGGGGAACUCUGCUCAACAAUUCCUCGCCAGGUGGCAGUUUUCGGGCCAAGAAACUGAGCAGCCAGGUCAGCAAUCUCAAUCAGCUGAAUUCCCUGCAUGGAUCGAGAUAUUCGGUGCAGGAUCAGCGCAUCCUGAAGAUGCGCAACAACGAGGAGGAUCGCUGUGCCUCGAUCAAGAUGGCCAAUCGUCUGAAUCAGAACCAAGAGCAGGCCACCUACGAUCCGAAUCAGAAUCGCUACUAUAAGAACGGAAAUGCCACGCCCCCCACUUCGCUGACGCCCCAACAUACGCCGCAGCACAAGCUGAUGAUGAUGCAUCACGGCAACGGGAAUGGCAACAUGGGAACCCUGAAUGGCAACACGAAUGGAUCGGAUCGAAUGAACGGAUCGGCCAUUUUCCGGGAGCGAUACCAGCAUCCCGCCUUGGCGGCCAUCAUCAACGAAGCUCAGGGUCUCAAGUUCCGAGAACGCGCCUAUUCGGACAGUCAGCAACGUCGCCUCAACAACAACAAUGGACCGACCCCCCAACCAGCCUCGCCCCUCGCCCAGCGCCGGAAUAAUGGUGGACUCGGAUCCGGAGUCGGAUCGGGCGCUAUAUACGGCACACCCACGCGUGUAUAGCGCCUAAAGGUCUAAGAAUAAUCCAAAUCGAUGGCGGAUUGAAUACUCCCCACUAGUUUAAUAAUGAUAUAAGCCGUAAAUUAGUCAACUUGAUGGAAAGUUUGGAAAUUAUUUGCAUAGAAAAUACUUCAACGAAGGUAGAAAAUAAUAAUUAAAUCAUAAUUAUGUAGUAGUACUCUUAGUGUGUGUGCUCCAAUGUCCAGCUUUAUGUAAAUGUUUAAAUAAAAUAUACAUUAGAAGAAACUAAA